CCGGGCGGUGCUGCCCUGCCGGAAGCGCGGAGAGCUCCCGCCUGGCGCCGGCGGUGACGCACGCUGCCGCCGCCGCCGCCCCCACCGCCACCGGGCGAGGGCGUCCCGCGGGGCUCCGGGCGCCCAUGGAGGGCUCUGGGGACGAGGAGCCGGGGGCCGACGGGCCGCUGGAGCGGCUGGUGAAGCGGCAGCGCAAGGAGAAGCGGGAGCUGCAGGCGAAAAUUCAAGGCAUGAAAAAUGCUGUUCCCAAGAAUGAUAAAAAGAGACGAAAACAGCUGGCUGAUGAAGUUGCCAAACUAGAGGCAGAACUUGAACAGAAGCACAAGGAGGAAUUAAAGCAGCUGAAGGAAGCUUCACCUGAGCAGAAUAAGACAGAUUCUACAGCUGAUGGGGUUGCAAAUUUAGAGCUUGAAGGAGUAGAGCAACACAUUCAGCAUCCUCGAAUAUCAAAAGCACAGAAGAGGCGGGAAAAGAAAGCUGCCUUGGAGAAAGAAAGAGAAGAAAGGAUAGCUGAAGCUGAGAUAGAAAAUUUAACAGGUGCUAGGCAUCUCGAAAGUCAGAAACUUACCUCCCUAUUGGCAGCAAGGCACUUAGAGAUCAAACAGAUCCCUUCAGAUGGCCAUUGCAUGUACAGAGCUAUUGAAGAUCAGCUCAAGGAUCACCAGAAUUCCUGGACUGUUACAACUCUGAGGAACCAAACAGCGAAGUAUAUGCAAAGUCACUUUGAUGACUUCUUGCCAUUUCUAACAAACCCUAGUACUGGAGACAUGUAUAGCAGAGAGGAAUUUGAAAAAUACUGUGAUGAUAUAGCAAAUACAGCUGCAUGGGGUGGUCAGCUGGAACUAAGGGCUUUGUCACACAUUUUGCAAACACCCAUUGAAGUAGUGCAAAUGGAUUCCCCUCCCAUUAUUGUUGGUGAAGAAUAUUCCGGAAAACCAAUAAUACUUGUGUAUAUGAGGCAUGCCUAUGGAUUAGGAGAGCAUUACAAUUCUGUGAAACUUCUAACAGAUGCUGCUACAGAAAAUGGCAGCUAGCAUACAAAAGUCAUAAAUCCACGUGGCAAACAGUUGCAUCUUGAUGUGUUGGGCUCCAGACAAUUCCCAGACAGACUGGAAAGUAAAACUAAAAGGAAUGGAUUGAAAAGAAGAGAGACAUACAAGUUUUGACUAUAAAUCAGAAAUAACUCUUGAUUUAAAACAAAACCAAACCAAAACUACAUGACAGUAUUUUGAAUUUGUUGGCAUUAAUCAUGUUUAGAUGAUCUUCUCUAAAAUGGUGGCUGUGUGGAUCAGAAUUUUUAACAGGGCUUCAUCCCAUGCUGCAGUGAAAAUACUGAGUAGUAAAUGUUGGUUAAUCUGCAUUUCUGUGAAGAAUUCAGGUUACCUGAAGGUUCCUGUUACAUUAUUUCUGGCAAAUUUUGAUGAUCCUGGAAGAGUUAAGGCAUUUAAUAUAAUUUAUUUUAUUUUGACUGAUGGAAUAUCCUCCACAGUGUUCUUUAGUUCUGUCAGGAUCUAGCUCUAACACUGUAGUAGGGAUCCCCUUCUUUAUUUGGGCAGGGAAGAGCCGGAGGCAAAUCUUGCUUGGCCAAAGGAAGUGCGCAAUCUCUUUAUUUUAAAGACUUUCAUCUAAGAUUUUUACCACGGUUUGAGGACUUCACUUCCUCCCAACCCCCAUUGACAAUAGGACCUGAAUGCUUUAUGCUGUUCCUAGUAGUGAAUCUGUAGGAAGAGCAUUGUUCUUUAUGACUGUACGUGAUAACAUUGAUGUGAGUUUUACUGUGCUGCUCAGCCUUCAUAGACUUUCCUCUGUGCAUUUCGAUGAUACAGAAAUCUUGCAAACAAAAAGCUCCUCAGUGUCCUCACUUCAGGUAGUGAAACUCAUCUGAACUCACCAUUUAUGGAUGUGAUGAUCUAAGCACUUUGAUCUAAAGCGUCAUGUUUUAUAAUGCUUAAAACAGACGGUUGCAUACAAGUGUGAAAAUAACCACCGUGGGUUUUGUCAGUAACUUUAAAGGUGAUCUGCAGAGGAGAUAAGUUUACUUUCAUUGCUCCUGAUGAUGGACAGAGACUUGAAGGGUGAGGGUUUUUUUGAUAUGGCUUGACUUUUUACAUCGGAAACAUAGAUUUUUAUGUUUAAGUCACUGUAAAUGUAACUCCAAAAUUAGCAGCAUAAUGAAACCAAAGUUGUAAUGUGAUUGUUUUUUAACAAUAGAAGUGAUUUUUUUAAAAAAAGCCUUAAUCAAUAACAUAAUUAUCUAUUUUAGUGCUGAUGGCUUGGUUUGGGAAGAAGCAGUUUAUGUUGAGUUUAAACACCUUUGACCUGAUUUGAGGAUUAUGAGCUAACUGUGCUUCUUGUAGCCCUUUGGUAAAGCUCACCAGCAGAUUGACAUUCCUGGGACUUCUAAAUUAGGAAAUAAAAUCUGCUCUUACUUAAGAAGGACAAAAAUGUUCACUUUAUGGAUCAAAUUAUGUCUGAUUUAAGCACUUCGAGAGAGAGGGAGGGGAAAAAAACCCCAGACAAUUAGAGCAGGGGGGUUUGGACAAGCAGAACUUGAAUUAUGACUUCUUUAGCCUUGUGCCUACCAGGAAACAAAGUUUUAACCAGAUCCGGAUUUCUUACAUCCUUAUUUAUCUGCUACAGUGUAGCAACUAUAGCUGCAUUUGUAGCAGUUGUUUGUGGUGGUUCAGCCUCAGUCGGCAACUAAAUUACUGUAGAAUUUGGUUUACUACCUUGAUUGUAUAAAACGGUGCUUUUAAUUUCAAACAAAAAAUUGGAUACAACAGUAUGGAAAAAGUGUCUCUAUUCAUAAUACCACUAUGAAUUUCACUAAAAAUGAUAAUCAGAAAUACUCUUCUCUGUUUUGCUUAGAACUGAUGUGAUAUGAAACGCACAUGCUGCAUUUUAUAGAUACCAUGUGAAAAACGUUCUUUGGUUUAUUGGGUUUUCAUUCUUGUUUGAUUAACUGACAGAGCAAAGAUGCCAGAAUCAUGGGAUGCCUCUACCAACAGUUUGUCUUGUUGAAAAUGUGUACAGUUUGUAUGAAGCAAAAUAAUGUUUUACGACAGUGAGAGAAAGAUCCUUGCUCAUGCUGUAUGGGACUUGCCAGAAGUAAUAAAUGGGUUUAUUUGUGGCAAA